AUGCGCCGCCGCCAGCUCCCCCUCGUCCUGCUGGCGCUGGUCCUCUGCCAGGCGCCCCGGGGCCCCGCCGCCCCGCUGCCGGCGGGCACGGGCACCGCGCUGGACAAGAUGUACCCGCGCGGCAACCACUGGGCCGUGGGGCACCUGAUGGGGAAAAAGAGCACGAGAGAGUCCCCGUAUGUUUAUGAAGGGGGGAGUCUGAAGCAGCAGCUGCAGUAUAUUCUUUGGGAAGAAGCUGCAAGGAAUUUGCUCAGCCUCAUGGAAGGAAAGGGGACCGGAAGCUAUCAGCCGCCUCAAAGGGAGCUCCUGGCCAUCCGCCAGUCCCCUUGGGAUUCCCAGGAUGGCAGCGCCUUUAAAGUUGUAGGUUCAAAACGUAAAGCUGGUGGACUCUCUGCUCCAGAUUCUCAACGUGACGGAAGGGACCCCCAGCUGAACUGACAGACAACAACAGCCUCUCUCAAAGAAGCAAAGCAAAACCCUUAAGAGACUGUGUUCUACACGCAUCAAUUCCACUGGAUCGCCAACCAGAUUUCCUGUGUGCAAAAACACUUAACCAUUCCUGUAUCUGUCAACCUGGACUAAAUUCACAAUUUUCGAGUG